UGGUGCGAAUAGUCUGAUUUUGUUUUUUUCAGUUUUAGUAGACUUUGUAAAUGCCCGAGAGUUACCAGAGAGAAGAAACAACCCGCAUAAAGAUAAAAAAAAAACAUGUUUUAUUUACAGUUUCUUAAUGCCACCGAUUUUUUUUUCAUCAAUUGAAAUGGCACUGGAGCUUUUAAGACAUUCUGUAACGUUACAGGACAGACAUUUGUAAUCAGGCGCCACAGAGAGCAACCACCGUUUUGCAGCCAUACCAACACAGUCACGAAUUUGUCCAGUGAAAUAAGUUUAACAAGUCGUGAGAUUCAAUGUCACAUACAACUCUGUAGUCAUAAUUCGUUUUAAAUGUAUGCAGACCAGCGCGUCCCACAUGUAAAACCUGUCUUUUGCACUGAACUGUGAGGAUGUUUGUGUUUGCCAGUUGGCUGUCAGGCAGCCCGUGAUUUCUGGGUUGAGGGGGUCCUGAGCGAAACAGCAGCACUGAGCCGAAUCUGACAGACACACAGGAAGGACUGAAAGAAGAGAAACUGGGAGCAAAAUGCAUAUUUAAAAAAUUCCAAGGCAAAUAAGAAUAGUCAUACUUCAUGCAGUACCAAGAUAGACAAAGUUACGCUUUUGUUGUUAAUCUUAGAUAAUAGAAAAAGACAAGGUAAAGUCCGCAGAGAACAGCGCUAGGAAAGGCCGAGAUUCGAGAAGGGGUAAAAAUAAAAUCACAAUAAUGCGAUAAUUAGUUAAAAGACGUAAUUUUUUAUAUUAUGUUAACAUUUAUUUCUGCUUUCAAUCGUUAUUUUUAUUAUUGUUCAUAAUAAUAAUAAUGAAUAUUAUUAUUUUCGACGAAAGAUUUGUAAAAGGUGUUCUGCAAGUUGGUGUGGUAAACUGAGGAGUUGUAAGGCAGGUGGGAGGGGGUUGACAGAUUCAGUGUUUAAUAAACACUGUUUACAUUGUUUUAAUUAUGGUUUUACAACAAAAGCCUUUGAAACGACUAAAACUUACUUAGUUUGUGUUGCUUGGGCCCCUCUACACACAGAGAUAGAGAGGCGGGGAAAUGUACUUCUGCUGCUGAAAUGGUAUCGUUAUAUAGCCUAGGCCUAAUUAUUGUGUUGUAGAAUAAGUCAAAUAUGAAAGUAAAUAAACUAAAAUGACAAAACCAUAGCGUUCAAGUUGACUGGAAAAUGUUGUUUAUACUUUCGUCCGAUUCUGAGGCGCAGCCAUGAGAUCACGUGACCCAGCAGAACUCCCACGCUGAAUGCUCCGGAUCCAAAUGGUUUUUCUAGGUUUGCAAACAUGGGUGACAUGAAGACCCCAGAUUUCGAUGACCUUCUGGCUGCUUUUGACAUCCCUGAUGCCACUAGCUUGGAUGCCAAGGAGGCUAUCCAGACAAGCAACGAUGAAGCUGAUAGUCAUCUAAAGCCAGCAGGGAUGUGCAUGGAGGAGAAUAUAUCCAUGCAUCAUGCAGUGCCUGUCCCUGACAUCCCAGCUGUGAGCGUGAUUGUGAAGAAUACAAGCCGCCAGGAGUCCUCCGAGUCCAGCUCUGAGAAAGACGGAAAUCCCCUUGGACACAGCUUUUUGCAGAAUGGAUUUCGGAGCUCUGAAGUGGCCCCUGAUCCUCAUAACAUGGGGCAGGGAAGCUAUGGAAAAUUUGAAUCUUCAUUCAUGAAUGGGGGUAACUCAGGGAAUUUCUCUAACAGAACUGAAGACCAGAAGACUGAAAGUAUGCCACCCUUCUCUCAGUUCAGUCCUAUCUCCAGCCCGGAACCAGAGGAUUCUGAAAAAGAGGAGCGACCAAAACAAGAAGAGAGACCGUACUUCCCUGCUGCUUCUGUGUUCGUAUCUGCAGAACACUCUGUGUUGGACAAUCAGAGAAAGUUACCAGAGUUCAGUAUGUUUGAUCAGUGCUCCAAAAAAGAACCCAAGACUGAGACUGGAAGCAGCAAGGAAAAGGAGGUGGAAAUUGGCAAGUCAGAACAGUCCAGAACAGAGAUAAAGCCAAAAGACACUACCAAUGACCAUGCUAAAAACAACAGCUUUCUUGGCACAGCCAUGCUUCCUUUGGGUGACCUACAAUGUAAUAAUCUGGGUGAGCCAAAGAAUACUCUUGCCUCUGAGACUAGCUUUUGCUCUUCUGUUCCUCCUCGCCAGCGCAUCAAAUCUGCAAACUCAAAACUGUCCUCUUGUCUAGCAGCUUUAGCAGCGCUCAAUGCCAAAAAGGUAGCUGAGGUUACAAAAGAAGAGCAACUGCCCGUCCCCAGAGAGCCUUCAGUGGCUAUCAAGGAAGCUGUCAAGGUUAGUCCCAAAAUACCCAAAUCACCUAAGAGUCCCAGAAGUCCUUUGGAAGUUGUGAAGAGAUCUUAUAAGCAACUAGAUAGUCCGAUGAGUGUUUGUAGUGACAGCAGUGGCAAAGCAUCUCCUUCCCUGGCCGCAGGUUCACCUCUAGCCAUCCCGAGAGUCAGAAUCAAAACAAUCAAGACGUCCUCUGGUCAAAUCAAGCGAACUGUCACUAGUGUGUUACCGGAUUCCGAACUAGAGGAGCUGCAGUCUCCUGAAUCGUCACCCUCUCAAUAUCAAUCUUCUGAAGACUUGACAUUUAAAUCGACACCUCCCUCUUGCAUUAGUACUGGAGUGGCUGUUGUUGAGAAUGGAAAGAACAAAACUAAUAACAAAAACACAUCUACGGUUGCUUCACCCAGCUUAAGCCAGCAGGUAACUAAUGUCAGGCCAGAAGGGGGUGUUAAGAAGAAGGCUACAGUUCUGCCUUCAUCGUCGUUUCAGAAUGCAAGCAGUGCCAUCAUGAGGGUUGUAAACGUGGUCCAGCAGCAGCAAAAAAAACAGAAGGCUGCAGCUGCUCAGGUGGGGAAUGCCUCAAAUACUAACCUCCUUCCAAAGGCAGUCCACCUUGCUAACUUAAACCUGGUUCCCCACAGUGUUGCUGCAUCAGUGACUGCAAGGUCCACUACACAGCGGCAGAGGCAACCACAGUUAACCACACAAGUGGUGUGCAGCACAGUCCCACUGGUGCAUCAGGUGAAGAAAGCUGCCCCAGCGGUGUCCCCUGUCGUCCCAAAUGCAGCAGUAGGGGCUUUAAACAGGCUUUUGAAUGGUGCCAAUCCAGUGCCGGUUUACGUGCCGAACUUAAACCCCCCACCGGAAAGCAACAUCUGCUUGCCUGCCCGUGGCUAUCGCUGCCUGGAAUGCGGGGACUCAUUUGGACUGGAGAAGAGUCUGGCACAGCACUAUGGCAGGAGAAGUGUGCACAUUAAAGUGGCAUGCACUCAUUGCGCAAAGGCGCUGCUUUUCUUCAACAGGUGUAGCUUGCUGGCUCAUGCCAGGGAGCACAAAAGCAAAGGUAUUGUCAUGCAGUGUUCCCAGGUCUUUAUGAAACCCAUCUCUCCUGACCAGAUGUUUGUAUCCACUCCUGCAAACUCUUCUGUGUCCUCUGCCCCCACAUCUGUCUUAGCUGGCUUGCCUGUUCCUGGGAUGGCCCCAAACAACCAGCCAGUCAUGCCUUUAUACUCUGAGAAAAUUGUUCGGCAUGGACUCAAAUGCCUUGAUUGUAACAAGCAAGUCUCGGAUUACCCAUCACUUGCAGGUCAUUACCAGAGGUUUUCUGAGGAAACUGAAGGAUUGACGUGCCAAGUGUGUAUGAUGAUGCUACCUAAUAAGUGCAGCUACGCAGCUCAUCAACGAACCCAUGCACACAAGUCUCCAUAUUGCUGCCCUGAGUGUGGUGCUGUGAGCCGAUCAGCAGAUUUCCAGACACAUGUCAAGGAGAAUUGCCUUCACUAUGCACGCAAGGUUGGCUAUAAGUGUAUUCAUUGUGAUGUGGUGUUCAUGUCGUUUUAUGUACUAAAGAAUCAUAUUGAGGAAAAACAUUGUGAGGAGUUCUAUAAGUGUUCAGUCUGUCCAGUGGCCUUUAAAUCUGCGGACAGCACUAUCUCACACAUCAAAAAGAGCAAACAUCCGCCUCCCGAAGCAUCUCCCCAGCUGAUCUAUAAAUGUUCCUGUGAAACCGUAUUUAACAAGAAGCAGCUGUUGUUCCACCACUUCUGUCAGGACACCAAUAAGCUGCUUGUCUGUGUGUUCAAGUGCCCUGAAUGCCAGCUUGUCUUCAUGCACAAACAGUUGUUGAUGCAGCACUUCAAGGGUGCCCAUGGCGUUGCAAAGCAAACAGAGGUACCUGAAACUUUGAGACAAAAGUCUGAGACUGUUUCACAGAGCCAGGAAGCAAGAUCAUCAACUGGACAGCCCAGGUCUAACAGCACUACAAAGCACCUUGUGGACACCCCUUCUGUGCAUAAGUCAGAGAGCAAGAUAAAGUUAAAGAAUGCUGGCUGGACCUGUGGGGAGUGUCUACACUGGCUCCCGGACCGGGAAACUUUUGUGUCUCAUAUGAAGAAGAGUCAUGGAAGGUCAAUGAAGAGGUACCCGUGCCGUCAGUGUGACCGGUCGUUCAAUUCUUCUACCAGUUUGCGACGUCAUAUACGCAAUGACCACAAUGGCAAGAAAAAAAACUACACCUGCUGGUAUUGCACCGAUGAAAAGGUUACUUUUACUAAACACUUCAUGCUGAAGAACCAUAUUAGUCUGAUGCAUGGGAUUAAAAACCCAGACUUCAGCCAGAUGUCAAGGCUAGCCCCUCCGGAGAAAAGCAGCAAAACAAGUUCAGAGUCGUCGGUGGCAAAAAGAACCGCAGAAGAUGUCAAUAUGGAAGGGGCUGAGAAUGCUGUGUCUGACGUCUCACCUGCAAAAAAACUGAAACCACAGUACAGGUGUGCAAAAUGUGGCUACUCGACAGAGAAUGCUACAGAGUUCCAGGAACACAUACCUCAGCAUAAGACAGACAACUCCACCUUCCAGUGCCUGCACUGUUGCCUCUGUUACACAUCUCAGAUGUCUCUCAGUAGGCAUCUCUUCAUAGUCCAUAAGGUUAAAGAGGCAGUGGGAGAGGAGGAGGAGGAGGAGGAGGAUGAAAACUUUCAGACCCUAAAAGACAAUGAAAAAGGGGGAGUGACGGAUGCAAUUGGGGAGACCAACACUAGCUUAGAGGAAGGAAUAAUGGAGCGUCAGUGUAACAUUUGUAGCAAGACUUUUGAUGACGAAUCUGCAUAUGUAGCUCACAUGCGGAUUCAUGGAAUGUCAUUUCUAAAGACAAUGCAAAGUGGAGGUCCUGAACAAUAAGCGUGAAAACAGACAAGCUGCUACCCUUUUUAGAGCGGAAACAAAUUAAGCAGCUUUAAAGUAUGGUACAAGUAAACACCCUAUGUUUUCUUUUCUUAUAAUGCUGAUCUGUGAGAUAUAUUUUAAAAGUAGACAUGGUAUAAGUUUGUAGCAUGUAUCGCAUUCUUUCAGCUCCCUCCCCUCCCCAAAGAAAUUUCAGGUUUUAAGAUUUUAGAACUAAAAUGAGUUGUUUGGUUGAAAGGUGUGGUUGAAGAAAAUGAAGGCAUUUGCUUUUGAAAGUAUUCCCUGGUGUACUUGCAAAGAUUUUUUUUUUUCCUUUUGAGAAUCAUUUCAUUUAAAAUUCAGCACUGCAGAGUGACUACAAAGCAAACAGAUCAGUUUGCUUAAAAGAAAGGCAAAAUAGAAAAAUAAAUGUUCUUUACAAAUUAUGUAGCGUGUAUUCAUUAAAGCAGUAAUGUCAGUUGAUUAUAUAAUUCACAGUAUUCCCAAGCCUCUGUUACUUGUACCAGUAAUUUAAAUUCUUAGUGUAGUUAGUUACACAUCAAACUUUUUUCUAAUUAUAGCCUUAAACCAGCUUGAAUUGUUAUAAAGAAGAGGUUGAUGGCCAUUCCUAAAAAAAGAAAUCAAAUCUAAAAACGUUUAAAAUACUGCCACGAUGCACCCUUUUAUUCCUGUUCUCUGCCAUUCUCAACACACAAGAAGUACAGUCCAUGCAGCUUAAUAAUAUUUUGAUUCCUGAAGAGAUUCUACAUCUGUAUGUCUGCAUACGUGUGUUUGUUACUUUUACCUCAGAAUGCAGUGUAAUGGCAACUGCUGCUCAGAAUGUGUGGCGGGCGUGCUCUUAAAUCAAAUAAUGACUGUAACUUUAUAAGAAUUAACUGCAUAUUUAUAAUAAUAUUUAAAACAUAGUUAAAGGCAACUAAAAUAAUCAGAGAACAAUUGGGAAUCAGUUUGGUUGGCUCUAAAUUCUAAAAGGUUAUAUUGUUGUUUUCUUUUUCAAACAUUAAUAAUAAAAAUAAUAAUAGUAGAAUAUACUCAUUGAUCAGAAAGCUUAGUAUUGCAGAACGGUAGAAAUUCUAAUCAGGGACAUUUAGGGAAGAAGUGAUGGACUUGGAAACUUGAUAGGUUUUUAAAGAACAGAUGUGUAAAUGAAUGAGGGGUUAUUUUUGAAUGGGAGUGUUUCGUUCCUGGUAAUAAAUCCAGUAUAGCGUGCAUUGAAUGAUGUCAGAAUGCAGCAGAAAGUGUGAAAGGGCUUGGUAAGCUUCAGCUGCUGUAUGAGAACGGCACAUUCAAAUGUGUGUUUUUAAAAGUAUGCUGAAGUGGUUGCUGAAACAAAAAAUCAAAGGUGGAUGAUGACUGUACUGUGUUCAUGCAUUCUAUAUAUAUAUAUAUAUAAAUAUUAUAAUAUCUUAUCUCCCAUAUUACUCAAUUUUAUAAAUUACUUUGGAGAUUUAUAUUUAAUUGUAGUCAUAUUGACUUUUUUUCAUGUGAACUUUCUUUUUGUGCUGUACUUCCUUGUGCAUCUCUUCCCACAUGCAUUUUGAACAUGUAAUGUGUGUUUGGUUUUCUUUUGAACCAGAAUCCAGCCCUUAUUGUUUACUGAAGAAUGGCUAAUUUAAAAUAUUUAUCUUAUUUUAUUCAAAUUAUCCACUUUUGAAUUUCAGUGUUUUUGAUACAACCUAUACAGAACAUUUGUACUUUUUGAUAAUGUGUACAGUGCUAGCCAGUGUAUAUAGCUAUUAGAUUCACAUGUUUAUCAGGGCUAUUUUCCAGGCCAUCACAUCUAUUUAAUCUGCAUUGGCCUUUGUGCCUUGCUGUUAUGUUUACUUAAAAUUAUUGCAAAUAAAACACAUAUUGCAGAAAAUGUGUGGUUUAAAAAAAAUGUACUUUGAUAAAACUGAUCUUUUUGCAUACAUGUCACAAAAAUAAAAAAUU